AUUCUUCAUGUUCUUUGACUUGAAUAUCCCCGUGAACACAACCGCUUCCAGUUCAGGCCCUAAAAAAGGCAAAGGCAAACAGCAACAGGCUUCGAACUCUCCUCAAUUUACUGUUGCUCAGCUCAACGCCAUAGAUGCACAUCUUGAUUUACUCGUUCACUUAGGAUAUACCGUGAUAUGUUUCAACCAAACAGUGAACAAGAAGAUAGAUCCAAAAAUUCAUGUAAAUCCACUCAAUGAAUUGUUGGAAAAACUAAAACCUCGACCCGGUAUCCUCUUCUUGAAACGAAUUUCUGUGAUUUUGGAUGAAGAUAGCGAAAAGGGAUUCGGUUUGAUCAACGCAAACACUUCCUACUUCAACUCUUAUGACAUCCUUUCCCUUAUACCGACUACUCAAGCAACCUUUGCUCUGGCCUGCCUUACACACACUCUUCCGUCUCCCCUCACAACUCACAUAAUCUCCAUCCCACUCACGCUCCCUCGUUUCCCCUUUCAUCUUAAACACACUCUGAUCCGCACCGCUAUCAAGAACGGUGCCGUCUUCGAAAUAAACUAUGUUGGUGCUUUGGGGGGAGAAUCUGAUUCAAUUCUACUCGACGCUGGUGCUGCAGAAGCUAAUGGUGGUAACGCGAAGCGCAAUUGGUGGGCUGCCGCGAGGGAGUUGGUUCGAGUCACGAAGGGAAAAGGGUUGAUCGUUAGUGGUGGAGUAGUUGCUCAAGCAGAUAUGCGAGCACCGCGCGACGUGGCGAACUUGAUCACUCUACUUGGACUUCCGCAAGACGCAGCGCAUGCUGCUUGUACCAGUGUUCCGAAAUCUUUGAUUUUACGUGCACAAACACGCAAAACAUACCGGGCAGUCUUCUCAGAGCCCGUGCUGGUUAUACCUGAGGGUUAUACUGCCCCUACUCAAUUUCCGCCUGCAAUAUCUACUCAAUCUCGUAAUCCUUCCGCGCAACUUCCUUCAGUUUCACAACCGCAAACGAGUGGCGGUCAAAAGAAGCGACCUCGCGACGACGACAUCGUGGAUUCGAAUCAGAAACAAACCGGUUCCGGAACAUCCUCUGGCCCAAUUGGUCAAAGUGGGGAUAAAAAGAAGAAGAGGAAGAAGAAUAAGGAAUGAGGUAGAGCCGAUGAUCCAAAGCUACAUCUUACGCAAACGAGAAAUCUUCUAUAGAUAGUUUGACCGAAGUUUCUGUUUUCUGAGCUGCGAUCCCGGCUCGAUCCCGGGACAAUGAAGUAGCCAUUAUGUAGUUUUCGAAAUGGUUCGAGAAUACUCGUUGAAACGGAAUCCCGUGAAAUAUAUCACCGUAGCCGAAAUUGCAGUCGGAUUCUCCUUAGACUGUAGGAGCUUGGCUCGAGAGAUAAGUAGCUUGGCCAGCAAUGAGAUAUAUUACUUGCUCGAAAGAAGGUGAUUGUACCAAGACGCUCGAUUACCCCUUCACAUUCCCUACUCGAGAGGGCCCAUCAUGCACAUCGAUGCGAAAAGAGGGAAAAUCUAGUGACAACUUCGCCCCCUCUGCCACUA